AUGAGUUUUAGAGGCGGAAACAGAGGUGGCCGUGGCGGCUUCGGCGGCCGUGGUGGCUUUGGCGGUCGCGGCGGCCGUGGCGGCUUCGGUGGCAGACCCAUGCAGCAGGGUCCCCCAGACUCUGUGUUGGAGAUGGGGAGCUUUUUGCAUCCUUGCGAAGACGAGAUCGUCUGUCGCUCGAUCAACACUAAAAUCCCAUACUUUAACGCUCCCAUCUACCUGCAAAACAAAACCCAGGUCGGAAAAGUGGACGAGAUCCUAGGUCCUCUGAACGAAGUGUUUUUCACCAUCAAGUGUUCCGAGGGUGUUCAGGCUACCAGCUUCAAGGACGGCGACAAGUUCUACAUUGCGCCAGACAAGUUGCUGCCCAUUGAGAGGUUCCUGCCUAAGCCAAAGGUUGCAGGCCCACCUAAACCUAAGAAGAAGAGAGCACCAGGUGCUCCUGGCGGCCGUGGUGGCCGUGGCGGUGCCCGCGGUGGUUUCAGCCGUGGCGGUAGCCGCGGCGGAUUCGGCGGUGGCCGUGGUGGCAGCCGUGGUGGAUUUGGUGGUCCUCGUGGUGGAAGCCGUGGCGGUUUCAGCCGUGGCGGUGGCCGUGGUGGCUUCAGCCGUGGUGGUGGCCGUGGCGGAAGAUUUUAA